AAAGUGUAAGAAGUGGCACCCACCUCUCUCCAACUAUACAAAACACACGCACGCAUACGUACACAUAAUCUGUAGAAGCGCACAUGUAUUCGUAUACAUAAGCGGUACAAACACACACACACACACACAUACACACGCGUAAAUACGCACACGUAUACAAGCGUGCAAUGUGCGCGUGAGUCUGUCUAUAAGACGAAUUGUUAUCAGUCGAAAACUCUCGUAAAACUGUUUGCUUCCAACAAAAUCAACUUUAACAGCGGUAAAUAAAAACAUUUCCCUCCAUCGUGGAUCAGAGAAGCCGUCUUGUAAAUCGGACCGUCUCCAUCAGCUUUCAACACAUUCUUUUUAACGCUUCGAUUUCUUAUGGAACUCAACUGAUCGACCCGAAGUUGCUGUAACACUGUCAUGGUGGUGUGAUGGAUAAACUGUGCUCUGUUCAAAGUAAAUUAUGUUGUCUCUUUGAAAUUGCUGUGACAAAUGAACCAAGCAGCAAACGUGCUAACCAGUUGUACAUGGUGUCAGCGACUGACCAGCUGCGACCUGAUGCUAAGGAACAUAACCUAGAGACUGCUCUUCUGACAGAGAAAGUCGAUGGCACAUGUGCUUACAUUGCUGAAUUCAAAGACAGGCCAUGGUUAUGGGCCCGUCAUGAUAGAAAACCCAAGAAGUUUGCCGAGAAAGAAUUUCGUAAAUUUCAGAAUGAGCAACUUGAUAAAGAUGCCACGUUUCAGUGGAAUUUCGAGCAAGAUUUUAAGCCUCUUCCAGACCAUUGGAUUCCUGCAACAGGUGUUGAAGUGAAGGAUGGCAUUGUUUAUCCUGACAAAAAUGGACAUACACCUGGUUGGGUUCCUAUCGAUGUGAACAGCAAACAAUAUUGUUGGCACUUGGAAUCGGUCAAUCUGAAGCAAGGCACAGCAUUACUGCUCAAAGAAACAGAAAACACAGAAUUAAAAAUCUGCCUGGCCCCUCUGAAGGACCUCUUAAACCACACUGCCGAAUUAAUUGGCACAUCAGUGAAUGGAAACCCCUACGGUCUUGGGAGCAAGAAAUUCCCAUUUCAUAUACUUGUCGUACAUGGUUCCAUAAAAGUUAGUUAUACCAGUGAAAUGAAACGAGAGAAUUUCUUGUCUUGGAUGAAGUCCGAUCCAAAUGGAGCUGUCGAAGGAAUUGUCUGGCACUGUGACGAUGGGGCACUAUUUAAGCUUCACCGGUUUCAUCUGUGCACUUCCCUUCCAUGGCCUUUACCAAAGCCAGCACUGUCAAACUUAAGGCCUGUUUCCAUCGACCUCAAUGUCGAUCUUUUGGAUGAAAGCGACCGGGAAAACAACAUGCUGAAUCGUUUGUUGGAGUACAAUGGACAUACUUUUAGUUCACUGAUUGAAAUGAACACUGCUCUGUUCACUUGAUGAAAUGAACACUCCUCUGUUCACUUGUUGUGUCUGUUACACAAUGGUUCAUAUUACCCCAGUCCUUUCUACUCUCUCAUUCUUCCUCAUUUUCUUUCUUUCUGAAAGAUUUGUGUUAUUUUUUUCAAAGUCUCUAUUUUUUACUAAUUUUAAAUUCUCUCCAAUAUUUUAAUUUCCCUCCAAAAUGAUUUGUCAUUUCUGAGAAAACUGUUAUAGUCUUCAAAUUUGUUACAGUUUAUUUUCUCAUUUAGAUGUAAUACGUAAUUGUCUAAUCAUCAGUGCUCUUAUGUGUUGGCAAUGAACGACUCCUUCACUAUGAACAAAACCAUUUCUGAUGAUGGAUAUAUACAUUUCAAGCAUCUUUUUUUUUUUAUUAGAUAAUGACUUCUGUCUUCUAAGUGAUUUUCUUAUCUAGAAUACUCCCUUUUCCCAACAGAGUCUUACUGAUUGGGUUCGGUAGGAGAAAAAAUGUUUAUUCCAAACAAGUCCAUUCUCUAAAAUGAUUUGUCAUUUCUGAGAAAACUGUUAUAGUCUUCAAAUUUGUUACAAUUUACUUGCUCAUUGAGAUGCAAUGCGUAAUUGUCUAAUCAUCAGUGCUCUUAUUUGUUGGCAAUGAAUGACUCCUUCACUAUGACCAAACCAUUUUUGAUGAUGGAUAUAUAUACAUUUUAAGCAUUUUUUUUUUAUUAGAUAAUGACUUCUGUCUUCUAAGUGAUUUUUUUAUCUAGAAAACUCCCUUUUCCCAAUAGAGUCUUACUGAUUGGGUUGGGUAGGAGAAAACAAAAUGUUUGUUCCAAACAAGUCCAUUCUCUAAACAAGUUCUCACCUUGAAUAUCACUUCACUCAUAACCACUACUUUAUCAAAAAAAAAAAAAAAAAAAAAUUAAAUCGAAA